AGUUGUGUCGCUCCUCCAAGGAAGCCGCGGAGGUGGCGCCUGGGAGAAAAGCCCAGCAGAAAAAGGAAAAAAGGAAGUAGAAAGGGAAGAGGGAAAAUGAACCAGGAGCUGGGGGAGCCCGCGAUAAGGUGGCCGGCGGGGAAAGGAAGCAGGUUCCGCAGCUGCUUUCUCGCACCCCUUGCGUGAACGCCCUCUCCUCUGCCACCCCAGUAAAUAAGUGGGUGUCGCCUGAACUGAACAGCAAGAGGAAAGCCAGCCAAGUGAGAGUACAGCUCCUCUGUCACUGCCGCCCCCUUGCAAGUCUGGCGGCUUCUAGUGGGGCCAGACACUGCGCCCCAGGCGCCCUGCAGAUGGGGUGGACCGGGACCCGGAGCUCAAGCCACGGGUGACCCGCGCUGGCCGACCGGCCUGUCGCGCUUGCGGAUGAUGCUAGGCGGAGGAGCCCUGGAACCGCAUCCGACACUUCCCGGCGUCCGCUAGGCUGCAACUUGGAAUGCCCAGGGAGCGGUCCGGCUCCUGCGACCGCUUCGCCGCGUCUAGGGAAGCUGCGCUCCGGAUUUGGAGGCGGAGACCUCAGGCGGCGGAGACCUCCGGCGGCGGCUGCAGAGGGACGAGCCGGGCGCAGGAGGGGGCGCGCUUUCUCUCAGCGGGUCUCAGUAAUGAGGAGACUGAGUUUGUGGUGGCUGCUGAGCAGGGUCUGUCUACUGCUGCCGCCGCCCUGCGCACUGGUGCUGGCCGGGGUGCCCAGCUCCUCCUCGCACCCGCAACCCUGCCAGAUCCUCAAGCGCAUCGGACACGCGGUGAGGGUGGGCGCGGUGCACUUGCAACCCUGGACCACGGCCCCACGCGCAGCCAGUCGCGCUCAGGACGGCGGCAGGGCGGGUGCCCAGAGAGAUGAGCCAGAGUCGGGGACGUGGCGGCCACCGGCGCCCUCGCAAGGCGCACGUUGGUUGGGGAGCGCCCUGCAUGGCCGGGGUCCACCCGGCUCCCGAAAGCUCGGGGAGGGCUCCGGGGCCGAGACUCUGUGGCCGCGAGAUGCCCUACUGUUCGCUGUGGAAAACCUGAACCGUGUGGAAGGGCUCCUACCCUACAACCUGUCUUUGGAAGUAGUGAUGGCCAUCGAGGCGGGCCUGGGCGAUCUGCCGCUUAUGCCCUUCUCUUCCCCGAGCUCACCAUGGAGCAGUGACCCUUUCUCCUUUCUGCAGAGUGUGUGCCACACCGUGGUGGUACAAGGGGUGUCGGCGCUGCUGGCCUUCCCCCAGAGCCAGGGCGAAAUGAUGGAGCUGGACUUGGUCAGCUCUGUCCUGCACAUCCCAGUGCUCAGCAUAGUGCGCCACGAGUUUCCGCGGGAGAGUCAGAAUCCCCUGCACCUACAGCUGAGUUUAGAAAAUUCACUAAGUUCUGAUGCUGAUGUCACUGUCUCAAUCCUGACCAUGAACAACUGGUACAAUUUUAGCUUGUUGCUAUGCCAGGAAGACUGGAAUAUCACCGACUUCCUCCUCCUUACAGAGAAUAACUCCAAGUUUCACCUCGAGUCUAUCAUCAACAUCACUGCUAACCUAUCCUCCACAAAGGACCUUCUAAGUUUCCUGCAGGUUCAGCUGGAAAACAUUAAAAACAGCACACCCACGAUGGUGAUGUUUGGCUGUGACAUGGAGAGUAUCCGGCAAAUAUUUGAAAUGUCCACACAGUUUGGGCAAUCACCUCCUGAACUUCACUGGGUUUUAGGAGACUCCCAGAAUGUGGAGGAACUGAGGACAGAAGGCCUGCCCUUAGGGCUCAUUGCUCAUGGAAAAACCACACAGUCUGUCUUUGAGUACUAUGUUCAGGAUGCCAUGGAGUUGGUUGCAAGAGCUGUAGCCACGGCCACCAUGAUCCAGCCAGAACUUGCUCUCCUUCCCAGCACAAUGAACUGCAUGGAUGUGAAAACAACAAAUCUCACUUCUGGACAAUAUUUAUCAAGGUUCUUAGCCAACACCACUUUCAGAGGUCUCAGUGGUUCCAUCAAAGUAAAGGGAUCCACCAUAAUCAGCUCAGAGAACAACUUUUUCAUCUGGAACUUGCAGCAUGACCCUAUGGGAAAGCCAAUGUGGACUCGCCUGGGUAGCUGGCAAGGGGGAAGGAUUGUCAUGGACUCUGGAAUAUGGCCAGAGCAGGCCCAGAGGCACAAAACCCACUUCCAUCACCCAAACAAGUUGCACUUGAGGGUAGUGACAUUGAUUGAACACCCAUUUGUUUUCACAAGAGAAGUAGAUGAUGAAGGCUUAUGCCCUGCUGGACAACUCUGUCUAGACCCUAUGACUAAUGACUCUUCCCUACUGGACAACCUGUUUAGCAGCCUGCAUAGCAGUAAUGAUACAGUGCCAAUCAAGUUCAAGAAGUGCUGCUAUGGGUAUUGCAUUGAUCUGCUGGAACAGCUAGCAGAAGACAUGAACUUUGACUUUGACCUCUAUAUUGUAGGGGAUGGAAAGUAUGGAGCUUGGAAAAAUGGUCACUGGACUGGGCUGGUUGGUGAUCUUCUGAGUGGAACAGCCAACAUGGCAGUCACUUCUUUCAGCAUCAAUACUGCUCGAAGCCAGGUGAUAGAUUUCACCAGCCCCUUUUUCUCAACCAGUUUGGGCAUCUUAGUGAGGACUCGAGACACAGCAGCUCCAAUAGGAGCCUUCAUGUGGCCACUCCACUGGACCAUGUGGCUGGGGAUUUUUGUGGCUCUACAUAUCACUGCCAUCUUUCUCACUCUGUAUGAAUGGAAGAGCCCAUUUGGUAUGACUCCUAAGGGGAGGAACAGAAACAAAGUCUUCUCCUUCUCCUCAGCCUUGAACGUCUGCUAUGCCCUCCUGUUUGGCAGAACAGCAGCCAUUAAACCCCCAAAAUGCUGGACUGGAAGGUUUCUGAUGAAUCUUUGGGCCAUUUUCUGUAUGUUUUGCCUUUCUACAUACACAGCAAACUUGGCUGCUGUCAUGGUAGGUGAGAAGAUCUAUGAAGAGCUUUCUGGAAUCCAUGACCCUAAGCUUCAUCAUCCUUCUCAAGGCUUUCGUUUUGGAACUGUCCGGGAAAGCAGUGCUGAAGACUAUGUGCGGCAGAGCUUCCCAGAGAUGCAUGAGUACAUGAGAAGGUACAACGUACCAGCCACCCCUGAUGGAGUGCAGUAUCUGAAGAAUGAUCCAGAGAAACUAGAUGCCUUCAUCAUGGACAAAGCCCUUCUGGAUUAUGAAGUGUCAAUAGAUGCUGACUGCAAGCUUCUGACCGUGGGAAAGCCAUUUGCCAUCGAAGGAUAUGGCAUUGGUCUUCCUCCCAACUCUCCACUGACCUCUAAUAUAUCUGAGCUUAUCAGUCAGUACAAGUCUCACGGGUUUAUGGAUGUGCUUCAUGACAAGUGGUACAAGGUGGUUCCCUGCGGAAAGAGAAGCUUUGCUGUCACUGAGACUUUGCAAAUGGGCAUCAAGCAUUUCUCUGGACUCUUCGUGCUGCUGUGCAUAGGGUUUGGCCUCUCCAUCUUGACAACUAUUGGUGAACACAUAGUGUACAGACUGCUGCUACCACGAAUCAAAAACAAAUCCAAGCUGCAGUACUGGCUGCACACCAGUCAGAGGUUUCACAGAGCACUAAAUACAUCAUUUGUAGAAGAAAAGCAGCCACGUUCCAAGACAAAACGUGUGGAAAAGAGCAGAUGGAGAAGAUGGACCUGCAAGACAGAAGGGGACUCUGAACUGUCUCUAUUUCCUAGGUCCAACAUGGGACCCCAGCAGCUCAUGGUAUGGAACACUUCCAAUCUCAGUCAUGACAACCAACGGAAAUACAUCUUUAAUGACGAGGAAGGACAAAACCAGCUGGGUACCCAGACCCACCAGGACAUCCCUCUCCCUCCAAGGAGAAGAGAGCUCCCUGCCUCACUGACCACCAAUGGGAAAGCAGACUCCCUCAAUGUAGCUCGGAACUCGGUGAUGCAGGAACUCUCUGAGUUGGAGAAGCAGAUCCAGGUGAUCCGCCAGGAGCUGCAGUUGGCUGUAAGCAGGAAGACAGAACUGGAGGAGUAUCAAAGGACAAACCGGACUUGUGAAUCCUAGGCUGUGUCUCUGCUCCCUUUCUCAGCCCCUGGUAUUCUGGAGCCCUUUGAGGCACUUUGUAAAGCUCUUUUAUACUCACUGACAAAGGUGUGUGUGAGGUCUGACAAUGAAGUGUGCUGUUCUCAGCCUAAGAUGCAGCAGCAGCUCUGCCCAUAUACGCCCCAGGUCUCCAGGGUAGGAAUUUUUCCAAUAAUAGGAACCUAGAGUUAGUCGGGAGUAAAGUCUGUCUAAGGGGAUCGGUGAGCUGCCAGACAACUCCGGCUCCUGUCAACCUUUUCACCUGGUGCCACAAAAAUAUUUCUGGUUUUUAGCCCUUUCUCUGCACCUCAACAAGAGAUAAAAACUGAUGCUCAUACCUAUGUCUUACUGUGUUGGUUUUCAAUAUUAUUACAGAAUAGAAUUACCCAAGGUUUCAGAUUUGAUACAACUCCCCAAUCUAGAUUUGUUCUAACAUUUUGAAUGAGCAGGGCAGGAGCCAGAAAAACUGGGACAG